CCGAAUGUUUUAAUCAUAAAAUCUGGCAAUUUCAUAAUAAUGGCAGACACCGCCUACGAACGCGUAUUGUGUGUUAAAAAUGAAGUACUUGUUUACAGAAUUCCCCCUCGCCCAUCAAAUAGAGGCUACAGAGCCGAUGAAUGGAAGCUUGAAAACCCUGAGUGGACUGGUCGAUUAAGGGUUGUCUCUAAAGGCAAAGAUCUCUUAAUAAAAUUGGAGGAUAAAAAUAAUGGAGAAUUAUUUGCCCAAUGCCCUGUGGACUCAUAUCCUGGGAUUGCUAUUGAACCUGUGAUGGAUUCCAGUCGCUACUUCGUCAUACGGAUUAAGGAUGACAGUGGGAGAAGCGCUUUUAUUGGGAUUGGAUUCCACGACAGAGCCGACUCUUUUGACCUCAAUGUCUCUAUUCAAGAUCAUUUUAAGUGGCUGAAACAGGAGGCAGAAGAAGAAAAGAUAGCAAAAACAGUUGAUGUUGGCCCCAAACUUGAUCUGGGCUUUAAAGAAGGACAGACGAUUACAUUAAAUUUAGGGACAAAAAAAGGAGAUGGUUCAAAGUCAAGGAAAACAACAACUGGAGCAUCAGGCUUAGGGCUGCUACCACCACCCCCUGGUGGCCUAAAACUUCCACCACCCUCAUCUACUUCAUCGACAGCAUCAUCAGGGUCAUCACAGCCAAACACAUUCCAAGCAUCUCCAGCCCAGAGUCUUGAUCUGCUGUUAGACAUUGGCUCCUCAGAGCCAGUAGCCAGUGGUCAGAAACCUUUAGUCACACAAAACCCUCCUGAUUUAUGGGGGGACUUUGCCAGUGCAAGUGGAUCUCAAUCAAUGUCUUCCAACAACAGUGGGGGUGAUUGGGUACAGUUUUAAGUUGGGUCAGACUAAAUGUACAUAAUAGUGAGAGAAUUGUUUUUCCAUAAAGAAGUCAUUCAGAAUGAGCUCAUGACAAGAUGGUCAAAUAAAUAUUAGUGUGCAAUUUUUCCAUUGGGACUCAUCUACUGCAUAAGUAUGGAGUGAAUAAUUUAUUGUUACUUGCCAUCAUUUCAUAGUUGUCUUCAUUAACUUAGAUAAAUCUUGUGUGAAGUAUGAAAGGGUAUAGGUCAAGUUUGUGUCAAGAUGUUUAAUGUUAAUGACAAAUUUUGUCUAGAAUGACCUAUAGCAUGAUAUUGGGGUUGAAUCAGUUCAUCAAAGUCUGAAAUAGCUGAUCAAAUAGUCCUAAUGUUCUGGUUCCUAGGAAUUUCUUUGUACAUUUUUUCCAAUUAGUACUUAUGUACAUUAGCACUUGUGUACAUUAGCAUUUUUAUGUCCAAUCAAUAUGAAGCUUUUUUUAACUGCAUGAGUUAAUGAGAGGAUGAUAGCAUACACAAAUCUCAUUGGGAAAUGUGGCAGUGUUUGGUCCAAGGAUAAACAAAGUGUAAGACAUCAGUUGUAGCUUGUACCACCAGCUGGCAAUAAUUGUAAGACAUCAGUUGUAGCUUGUACCACCAGCUGGCAAUAAUUGUAAGACAUCAGUUGUAGCUUGUACCACCAGCUAGCAAUAAUUGUAAGACAUCAGUUGUAGCUUGUACCACCAGCUGGCAAUAAUUGUAAGACAUCAGUUGUAGCUUGUACCACCAGCUGGCAAUAAUUGUAAGACAUCAGUUGUAGCUUGUACCACCAGCUGGCAAUAAUUGUAAGACAUCAGUUGUAGCUUGUACCACCAGCUGGCAAUAAUUGUAAGACAUCAGUUGUAGCUUGUACCACCAGCUGGCAAUAAUUGUAAGACAUCAGUUGUAGUUUGUACCACCAGCUGGCAAUAAUUGUAAGACAUCAGUGGUAGCUUGUACCACCAGCUAGCAAUAAUUGUAAGACAUCAGUUGUAGCUUGUACCACCAGCUGGCAAUAAUUUAUGUGUACAGGUUAUCCUCAUGUAGUUGUACAUGUUUGGUUGCUGGUGUACAUGUUUUGUUGGUGAGAGUGGGGGG